UUUAUUCAACUCAUCGCUUUGGUGACUAGUAGUAACUAGCUUCGUGACAAUUUGAUUGUGCAGUGGAUUAUCAAUUGAAUUUUUAAUAUUAACGUGUAAUAUUUAUAACGAUGUUUCUAACACGUUCAGAGUAUGAUCGAGGUGUAAAUACAUUUUCUCCCGAAGGUAGAUUGUUUCAAGUUGAAUAUGCCAUCGAGGCCAUUAAGCUUGGUUCUACAGCAAUUGGAAUAUCCACAUCGGAAGGUGUAGUUCUGGCUGUCGAGAAACGUAUAACUUCUCCAUUAAUGGAACCAACGACAGUAGAAAAGAUUGUAGAAAUUGAUAAACAUAUAGGUUGCGCUGCGUCUGGUUUAAUGGCUGAUUCUAGGACCAUGAUAGAUCGUGCUCGUGUUGAAUGUCAAAAUCAUUGGUUUGUUUACAAUGAAAGAAUGACAGUGGAAUCUACGGCUCAAGCAGUAUCGAAUUUAGCUAUACAAUUUGGAGACAGCGAUGAUGAUGGAAGCGCAAUGUCUAGACCUUUUGGUGUAGCAAUGUUAUUUGCAGGCAUUGAUGAAAAAGGUCCACAAUUGUAUCACAUGGAUCCAUCGGGGACCUUCGUUCAAUUUGAUGCAAAAGCCAUUGGUUCUGGAAGCGAAGGUGCUCAGCAAAAUCUUCAAGAGGUUUAUCAUAAGUCGAUGACGUUGAAAGAAGCGACCAAAUCUGCGCUGACAAUAUUGAAACAAGUUAUGGAAGAAAAAUUAAAUGACACUAACAUCGAAGUUAUGACAAUGACACCGGAUAAACUAUUUCAUAUGUUUACCAAAGCAGAAUUACAAGAGGUGAUUAAAGACAUCGCGUAAAAUAAUAUUUUUUAGACUAUAUUAACAAAUUGUUAUAAGUUUAAAAAACCGAAUGCGUUUAAAUGCAAUUUAAUUAUUAUAAAUUGUGUGUCUACAAUUUAAAAUCUGGUAAAAUGUGCGUUUUUAUGCUAAACAAGGUUUUCUUAUAUAUAACUUUAUUUUUUUCUUUUACGAUUAAAUUAAUAGAA